UACACAUAUAAGUACACACACAAGUACAUUAACCUAGAGAAAGAUUUUCACACACACAUACAUACACACACAUACACAUACUCACAGAACACAGAUCUACACCCUGUGAACACACAUACAGCAACACCCUCUGACACCGGCAGACAUCUGAAGUAACCCUUGAGAGAGAGAAAGAGAGGACUCCACUGCCUAGACAUGCUCAGGCGGACAGCUCUCUGGGCUGGCCUGGUGGGACUGUAUGUCAUCGUCACCCUGUGUCCAGCCUCCUGCCAGCUGAGCGAGGAAGACACAGAGACCCUCGUGGAGCUGCACAACAGCUACCGUGGCCAGGUGGUGCCCAAUGCCACCUACAUGCGUAAAGUGAAAUGGGAUGAGAAGCUGAAGAUCGUAGCUGAGGGCUAUGCUGUGAAGUGUACAUGGGAGCACAACCCGGAUCUAGAGGAGCUGAACACGGGAGAGAACCUGUUUGUGUCCAACGGACCCUUUGACCCCAACAUUGCCAUGGAGAAGUGGUUCCUGGAGCACCUAGACUACGACUACAACAACAACAGCUGCCAGGAUGACAAGAUGUGUGGACACUACACUCAGAUGGUGUGGGCGGACUCUCACUCUGUGGGCUGUGCUACUCAUCGCUGUGAUACCAUGGAGGGGCUGUCUUUUGAGAAAGUCACCUUCCUAGUCUGCAAUUAUUACCCAGCAGGUAACUUUAAUGAUGAGAAACCCUAUGAGGAAGGUGAAAGGUGCUCCAAGUGUCCAGACAACCUGCCGCGAUGUGAUCAGAACCUCUGUGUGCCUGAUGCCUCUGAGCCUUCAGAGGAGCCUGAUACAGAGAAGGAGACAACGGACAGCUCUCCCCCAGGCACUGAUGAGCCCUCCACCGCCACCUCCACCGCCACCGCCACCAAGGACACAGAGCUGGAAUCAACACAACCAGACCACUCAUCAGCCCCUAAGCCAACCAUGGCUGACAGAGAUGAGACAGGCACAGAGCCUGGGGAUGAGGAGGAGGAGGGGGAGGAACUGAACAUCUAUAAGAGGAAAUGA